AUGAGGAAAGAUACUUUGCUGUUCGCCGCAUUAGCCAUUAUCUCAGUGAGAUGCUCGCUUGCAGGUGAAGCGAUUAGUUUCGAUCUGCGACCAUCAUUCAAACAGAGUCAAGCUCUUCUUAUACAAGGACAAGCUAGAGCCACAAAUGAAAGUUUGGAGCUUACCGGAGCGUUCGAUUCCUCCAUCAUAAACGCUGGCCGGGUCUUCUAUGCUUUGCCUAUCAGGUUCGUCCACCAGUCUGGCAAAAACAUCCGGAUCUCCUCAUUCAACACCGUCUUUGAGUUCCAAGUAAACAGUGCUCUGGACCGCUCCAACUGUAAACAAGGCGACGGGUUUGCCUUCGUUGCUGCAGCGAGCGCUAGCAGCCCACCCAAUGGAAGCGAUGCUGGAUAUCUCGGCCUGAUGAACUCUUCCACUGCCGGUAAUGCAUCCAACCAUCUGUUUGCUGUAGAGUUUGACAGCGUCCAGAACGUUGAGUUUGCCGAUCCACCAUGGAGUCACGUCGGUGUGAAUGUUAACAGCAUGAUCUCGCUUGAAACAGCCCGUUGGGAACGCCCUUCCUUUCCACCAUUCAAGACCGCAAACUCCAAAGCGUGGAUAGACUAUGAUGCUUCAACUGAUGUGUUGCAGGUCCGUGUUUCGAAUGAAAACAUCGGGGUCAAGCCAGCAAACGCGCUUCUCGCGGUAUCGGGGCUCCAACUAUCUGAGGUUUUCCACAGGAGUAUGUUCAUUGGCUUUUCCGCCUCUUCUGGCUCCUGCAACGACAGCCACGAGAUCAUGAGAUGGCAAUUCGACUCAAACUACAAAAAUCACCGAUCGUCACCUCCGUCUCGGCAUCGAGAUUCAAAGUCGAAGACGGCAGCUCUUGGCUUUGCUAGCCAAAUCUAUCCCGUGCUUGGCAUAGCACUAGUAGCCGUGGGACUCGCGUCGCUUUGGUACGUAUGCCUGGGAAAACCGAUCUUGAAGAGCUUUCAUCGAAAUGGAUGCAAACUGUUAGCUCACUUUAGCUAUGACGAUAUCAGCCGAGCUACCGGGAGAUUUGACGAGAGACUUGUCCUUGGCCGUGGAGCAUUUGGAACAGUGUACAAAGCCGAGUUUAAAGGCCCGACGACUGUCGCAGUGAAGAUCUUGGCGCAAACCGGUUUGGAAGUCGAGCACCAGUUCCUGGCGGAGCUCUCCACACUGGGAAAGAUCAAACACCCGAACUUAGUCGAUCUCCAAGGUUGGUGUCACUCUAGAGGAAAGCUCAUGCUAGUCUACGAGUACUUACCGAAUGGAAGCUUGGACAGACACCUUUUCUCCGAGAGCGAAAAGUUCCUCUCAUGGGAGAGAAGGUCCCAGAUCAUCCAUGGAGUCGCGGAAGCCAUCAAGUUUCUCCACCAGGGACACGAGGAAUGCAUCCUCCACAGAGAUAUCAAGGCCGCAAACGUUCUUCUCGACAAGAACUUCAAGGCCAAGCUCGGGGAUUUCGGCCUGGCAAGGCUCUUCGAUCACACCGACCAGGGAGUCCUCCAGACGAUGACGAGAGUUGGGACGGCCGGCUACAUCGCUCCAGAGCUCGCGUUCGCGGGCAAGGCCACGGAGAAAUCCGACGUCUACAGCUUUGGCGUCUUGAUCCUGGAGAUUGUCACGGGGCGGCGAACGAUCUCCCUCGCCUGCUCGAAAACGCUCAUCGAUCGAGUGUGGGGGAUGCAAGAGAGCAAUGCGCUGCUGGAGAUUGUCGACGAGAGGAUGCGGUCGAGCUACAAUCCGGACGAGGCGAGAAUGCUGCUCCAUCUGGGGCUCACCUGCUGUAGCAUGGACGCGGACGAGCGCCCGACGAUGGGCGAGUGCUGUAAGAUCCUUGGCGGCGAGAUGCCGGCCCCCGAUCCCCCCGCCGCGCAGCCGCUAGCGGCGCUCUGCAGCUACUAUCGUAAGAUGACUACUCGCGAGCAAGAACCCUAA